AUGUCUAAGAACGUGGUCGACAGUUAUGAGGCAAUUGUGCGUCUAAUAAAAAUCUGUUCGGGUGUAUGUGGAGCGAAUGUUUUUAAUCCCGCCUACAAGAUGAACAUCCUGACAUGGAUUGUUAUGACAUUUAUAAAUUUAUAUUUUGCCUUUACUGGCUAUACGCUCUAUGUGAAUCUUUAUAUCGAACGAGAUUGGACCCUUAUGCUGCAGAUUGUCUGUUUUUUGGGUAGUGCCUUGCAGGGUUAUUGCAAGUUGUUGAAUGCCAUUUGGAAUAAGGACGCAUUACGAUAUUUGGUCGAUGAAUUGCGUGAGAUGUAUGUCGAAUAUGUUCAGAAGCAUGAUGAAUAUCGCGAAUGCCUGCAGAAGAGUAUUAACCUAUCGGUGAAAUGUAUCAAAUUCAUGGCUAUCUCCCAUGUCGCCGUGGUAGUUGGUAUAAUUGGUGUGGUGCCAUUCUAUCGCCUCGUCCACAAUCAACGGGUUUUUGUAAUGCAAUUUUUGUUGCCCGGCAUAGAUCCGAAUACCGAAUAUGGUUACAUAAUUAUGAAUUGUAUGCAUUGCAUUUGUAUAAUAUUUGGAGCAUUUGGAAAUUUUGCAGCCGAUUUGUGUUUCUUCACCUUUGUCAGUCAUUUUCCACUGUUCAAGGAUAUUUUAUCAUGUAAAUUUCAUGAUUUAAAUGAUCUGCUUGAGGAGGAGGAGGAGAAUAAAGAAAGGGAGCCCAGAGAUUAUAAAACGUUGCUCCGAGACAUCUUUCAAUGGCAUCAAAAGUACAUGAGAUAUAUCACCACUGUUAAGGAUAAUUACUUCUGGGUUCUAUUGGUCGAAAUGGUAACAUUUGGUUUGAGCAUUGCUUCGACUCUCUUCUGUUUACUUUUGGGUACAUGGCCGGGAGGUCUUACGUAUUUGUGUUACUGUUUUAUGAUGUUGUACAUUUACUGUGGCCUGGGCACAGUGGUUGAAGUGACUAACGAUGACUUCAUCGAUUUCUGUUACACUCAAGUCAUUUGGUAUAAACUGCCAGUGGCCGAGAGAAAAAUGCUCCGUAUGAUGUUAAUGAUGACACAAAAAACCGGAGGACUAACCGUUGGGGCGGUCAUACCCCUUACCAUGAAUACCGGUCUACAAUUAACGAAGAUGAUUUACACCAUGACAAUGAUGUUGAUCAAUUUUAUUGACUAA